AUGUACAAGUACGCCGUAGUUGCCCUUGCUGUUUUCUCUGCCACUGAGGCAUCCUUCUUCGGUGGCGGCAGCAGCUGUGGCUGUCCUCCACCACCUCCUCCAUGUGGAUGUGCUGCUCCUCCUCCACCACCUCCACCAGCUCCAUGCGGUGGCGUCUCAGCUUGUGGAGGCUCAUCCGGUGGAUACGCUCAAGCUCCCUCUUCAUACGGUGGAGCUCCAUCAUUCGGCGGAUCUGGUGGUUAUGCUCAGGCAGGAGGUUUCGGCGGUUCAUCA